UCUCCAAUUGUUAUUACUUGACCAGCACGUUCCUUUUUUUUAUCCCAUUUUUCUUUUUAUGAAUAAAAGAUAUUCCAUUUUCUCUGCGAAAAUCAAAACACCGAUGAUUUUGAAAGACGACGGGUCAGAAUCAUGUGAGCUUUUGGCCAAUAUGGAGAGAGAUAUCAACUUUCCAUAUUUGGGGGAGAAGCUAACAACCUUUUCUGUGGGUAUGUUAUGGUGUUUCCACUUUCUGCUUUGUUAUUGUGGUUUGAGCAUUUGAAUGAAUCUGCAAAAAAGGUUUCAACUUUGGGUAUUUGAUUCAUCGUCAACUGUAGCUGGUGGAGUGCAGGUAAGGUUGCGAGUUUUGAUUUGCAUGCAGGAGCGUUUGUGAAUUGAAUUGGAUAAAAGGGUAUCCUUUGUUUGGGAAUUAUUGAUUGGCGUUAACUCGGAUUGAUGAAACCUAGCUAGAAAGGAAAAAGGGGGAGAAAAAGGAAGCUUUUUUUAAAAAAAAUAAUUUAAUGAAGUAGUUUGCUGAGGUUUUAAUUGAGAAAAAGUGAAAGGGUUUUUGUGAAUAUACAUAAAGGGGUUUUUGAAGAUUCGCUUUGUUUUGAGAUUUGUGAUUCGGGUUGGAGCUUGCUUGAUGGAGGAAGCUCAGGGCAGUUCCAGUUCCUUGCCUCCUUUCCUCACAAAGACUUACGAAAUGGUGGACGAUCCUACCACCAAUUCCAUUGUCUCUUGGAGUGCCUCCAAUAAAAGUUUCAUUGUUUGGAACCCACCAGAAUUUUCAAGGGAUUUGUUACCCAGAUUCUUUAAGCACAAUAACUUCUCAAGUUUUAUCAGACAGCUAAACACUUAUGGGUUUAGAAAGAUUGACCCUGAACAAUGGGAAUUUGCAAAUGAUGAUUUUAUAAGAGGUCAACCACAUCUCUUGAAGAAUAUUCAUAGGCGCAAACCUGUUCAUAGCCAUUCUUUGCAGAAUCUUCAAGGUCAAGGGGCUGUGCCUCUUACGGAAUCAGAACGGCAGAGUUUCAAAGAUGAGAUAGAGAGGCUUAAACAUGAGAAAGAACGACUUCUUCUGGAGUUGCAGAGUCAUGAACAGGAGGGGAAAAUGUAUGAGAUACAAUUACAAUGCUCAAAGGAUCGUUUGGAAAAGUUGGAAAAUAAGCAACAACAUAUGCUUUCUUCUGUUUCUCAAAUGUUGCAAAAACCUGGGAUUGCCUUGAAUCUCUUGCAACUGACUGAAAGCAUGGAUAGAAAACGAAGGUUGCCAAGAGGUGGUCUCUUUGGUGACGAUGCUAGCAUUGAAGAUCAUAUGGAAACUUCGCAAAUAUUACCAAGAGAAAAUGAAGAGAGUGCCUCAACUUUCACAUUAAGCGUGGAGCGAUUGGAUCUGCUUGAGUCAUCCAUGGUGUUUUGGGAGAAUAUUGCUCAUGAAGUUGGUGGUGAUACCUUUGUUCAAAGUCAUUCAAACUUGGGUUUUGAUGAGUCUACAAGUUGUGCAGAUAGUCCAGCCAUAUCUUGUGUGCAACUAGAUGUUGAAAUUCAGCCUAAGUCACCUGGAAUUGACAUGAAUUCUGAGCCAGCCGUGGCUGCUGCUUCUGAUAUUGAUUCAUCAAAAGAACAACCUGGGGUAACAGCUCCUGUGGUUACUGGUGUUAAUGAUGUAUUCUGGGAACAAUUCUUGACCGAGAAUCCUGGUUCAACUGAAAUGCAGGAAGCGCAAUCUGAAAGAAAGGAUUCUGAUGGCAGAAAUGAUGGUAAAACUAGUGAACUUAGCAGAUUUUGGUGGAACAUUAGGAAUGUAAAUAACCUUCCAGAACAGAUGGGGCAUUCUUAGUCAAGCAAAGAAAUCUUAGUUGCAAUUGAUUAUUCAUUCUAGCUUGUGAUGCCCCACAAUUACAUGUAAUAAAUGUAGGUAUGCAUGGUUGGCUCUGCUAUAUAUAAGAAUGCCAUAUUUUUGUUAAAUGUUUAGAAUUGAGUCAAUUUUUAUACUGUUCAUUUAGUUCUCAUUUAGUUCUAAUGUGCCUAAACUUUUACAUCUGUGUUGUUUGUUUUUCUACACUCUUUACGUCACUUUACCAGAUAAUAGAAACCAAUUGCAUAUACCCUCCGUUAUUGUCUCCUGCAGGGAGGUGCCUGAUAUCAAAAGUGGAAAUUGGUUUAUCCAAUUGUGAUCUAGAAUUACAGAUUUCCCCAUAGAGGAAAAGGGCCUAACAUUGAAAGUUGAAAGUUGUAUAAUGGGAUUACUGUAAAUCAUGUAAUGGAUGGAAUUAGCUGCAUAAAAGAUAUGUGAGAAAAUAAUAUAUAUUCUCUAUAUCAUACUGCUUGUGAAGAUGGAAAUGUAGCAAGUACCUUUUGUUUGGGAUUAAGGUUGAGAAGUGUUAGUUCUUGUCCCUUGUUUUCAUUAUGAACACCAAUAUUUUUUUCAUAUUAUGUAAGGGUACGUUAGUUAAUUAUAUGGAAAGAACUGUUGAUUAAUGAAUUUAUGCAUUUAAAUGAAACCAGGGUCUGCUGGUUAAUGAAUUUAUACAAGAGAUUGC